GACAGAUAAUGGGGCAGAUAUUAGAAGAAACUGAAGCUAAACCAUUAGUUCCUUCAACUGAGGAGGAAAACUCAAAAACAGAAGAAAAACCUACCGAAAAGGAAGAGCCAAUUAUUGUUAAUAAUUCAAACUUGAUAGAUUUGAAAAAUGCAUGUGACGAUUAUAUUCAAAAGUUUUUCGUAAGUAAAGCUAACUUUCGUCAGAACAACACUCAUACUGAUGUUAAGUUAGUGUUGGGAUAUUUAGCAUGUGCUUUUGCCUUAUCUGGCGGAUAUUAUGGACAUAUAACACCAUUCAAUGAAGCAAAAGAAGUAACAUUUAUAUGUAUAAUUGCAUAUUUUGUAUUGAAUACACUACUUAUUUUGUAUUCUUUUAUAUAUGAAAAGGAAAUUAUAUUUGUAGGAAGCUGUGUGGAAAAUGACAACAAAUAUACAAUUACAAUUCAAACAAAUACAAAAAGAUAUUCUGAUAUUUAUAAUAUUAUUUUUGAAUAUGUUGAAAAAGAAAAACAAGAUUCAUCUAUUAAAUUAAAAGAUUCUAAAUAUACAAUUUCUAAAUCUUUUGGAAAUUGGUUUGAUGUUAAAGGUGUAAUGGAUAUUGAAAAGUUUGAAAGGGAUUUAUCUGAAGGAUUAGAAAUUGUUAAAACUGGAAAUAAACCACAUGAACAAUGAUGAUGAUUAUUUUUUUUUUUUUUUUAGAAAAAAAAAAAGAUUAUUCGUGCCUUCGAUUUUUACUUAUAAAUUCUAAUAAAUAUUAUUCAUCACCU